AUGGGCAGGACUUCCUGUCGGACAUGGCCAUGACGGAGGUGGAUCGCUUCAUGGACCGGGAGCACCUGAUCUUCCGGGAAAACACCCUCGCCACGAAAGCCAUAGAGGAGUACCUGAAACUCAUCGGCCAGAAAUACCUCAAGGAUGCCAUUGGCGAGUUCAUCCGGGCGCUGUACGAGUCGGAGGAGAACUGCGAGGUCGACCCCAUGAAGUGCUCGGCCUCCACCUUGGCCGACCACCAGGCCAACCUCCGCAUGUGCUGCGAGCUCGCCCUCUGCAAGGUGGUCAACUCGCACUGCGUGUUCCCACGGGAGCUGAAGGAGGUCUUCGCCUCGUGGCGGCUGCGAUGUGCCGAGCGGGGCCGCGAGGACAUCGCCGACCGGUUGAUCAGCGCCUCGCUCUUCCUGCGGUUCCUCUGCCCUGCCGUGAUGUCCCCCAGCCUCUUCGGCCUCAUGCAGGAGUACCCCGACGAGCAGACCGCCCGCACCCUCACCCUCAUCGCCAAGGUCAUCCAGAACCUGGCCAACUUCACCAAGUUUGGCAGCAAGGAGGAGUACAUGGCCUUCAUGAACGAGUUCCUGGAGCUGGAGUGGACCAGCAUGCAGCAGUUCCUCUACGAGAUCUCCAACUUGGACACCCUCACCAACAGCACCAGCUUUGAGGGCUACAUCGACCUGGGCCGCGAGCUCUCCACCCUGCACGCCCUCCUCUGGGAGGUCAUGUCCCAGCUCAGCAAG